UAUUUAACUGCCACUCAUACCGCUACGGAAAUUCAAUUAGUCCAAAAAGCUACCUCCGAAAAUGGCUAGAUGAUAACAGAGAAUCAAAGUCCGUUUAGCUUCACCUUUUACUCCGGAGAACCCUGCCGACUAAAUAUUAUGUAUAGGCGGUUUCGAAAAAUUGAUUACGAGUCAUGUUUACUUUAACUGGUCUGCUGCCAGCUAGCUAGCUAUCUUCCAAAUAGUCGAACUGGUACUAAGCUAGCUGUUUUCCAAACUACUGGUACCAAGAUAAACAUCAUCAAUCCGCAAAUUGUCGCUUCCAUUGCGGGACCCGAGUGGGAUUAAGAUGCCCGCCUUCAGCUGGACCGUGGUGGUCCUCACAUGCCAGCACAAAGACAGCGUCUACGCGUUCCACCGAGAGUUGGAGUUGCGUCAGCGCCGCGGUUGCUUGUGUGCGAGUACGCUGCUGCUGACUGUUCAGGACCGCCAGGAACCGCUGGGCAGUGGCGGGGCCACGCUCAACGCACUACUCGUCGCAGCCGAACACCUUAGCAGCCGGGCGGGACACACCGUGGUGACUGCCGACGUUUUGAAUGACGCUCACAUCCUCAUCCUCCACACGGGUCGCGACUUCCCGUGGAGUUCCUGCAGCCGAGCGUUCUCGUGGCUGCCCGUGGAGGAUCCCGGGCUUGGGGUUCAGGCCCCCAUCUGCUGCCUUGACGUGCUGCUCAGCCAUCUUACUCAACAGGUUUGCUCGGGGUCUCCCCCUGGCGUUUGGGUGUGCAGCACGGACAUGACGUUCACCGUGCCGGCAAACUUUGUGCCGUCGUGGGACAGCUUUUCAGGCGUUUGUGCUCUGGCACUCCCCGGUGACGUGUCGUACGCCGUCAAUCACGGUGUCUACUUGAGUGGCCAAAAGGGCCAUGUCAGGGACAUCAUCUACAAGGGAAGCCCAGAGCGCAUCCGGCAAGCGCUGAUGCAUGAUGGAAAAGUGCCUCUGGUUUCAGGCCCGGUGUUCUUUAGCCGCCCCGUGGCCGAGAAACUUCUACAGUUGCAUGUGACACCUCCUCUGGAUGGUUGCACCUAUCUGGGCCUGGACUCUGGAGCUCCCCCCUUUCAGCUGUCCCUGUUCCUGGAUGUGCUCAAGUGUUUGUGUUCGGAUCUGACGGAGGACGAGUUUGUAGGCGGCGGCGCUCCCGCGUCUGGACCUCGGGGGGCGCUGUUGCAGCGCGGCAGGAAAGAGCUUUGGCGGAUCCUGAGAGGAACGCCGCUCACCCUGGCGUACGUCCCCGGUGGGAGCUAUGACUACAUGACUCUGUCCGGGAAGGAGCACGUCCUCCGUCUGACGCGGGACCCCGCCCGGGGCCACGCCCUCUCCCAUAUUCAGGUAGCCAGCGGCAUCAGUGACGGGGGGCGAAUCAUCAACAGCGUUCUGGAGGGAGAGGUUACUGUGGCGACCGGGGCCGUGGUGCAACACUGCCACCUACAGGGUCCCUUGCGAGUCCCCUUUGGUUGUUUACUGUCAGGCCUGGAGGCGUCCACGUCCCCCGACGUUGCACGUCUGCCGCUGGAUCAUGACAUCAUCAUUCAGGGACAUCGUAUCAAGCUGGGCGACCUGAAGCUGAAGGUCUACACUGUGAUGGGAGGACUGGACGAUCUGGAGCUGCCCUGCGAUGCCCAAGGCGCAUCCUUCGCCAACAUCCCCUGGCACCUCUUCUUCAGCCGGACCGGCAUACGGCCGGAGGACCUGUGGGAAGCGGGAGGACGGCGCUGCCCGCUGGAGGCGCGACUUUUCCCGUUCCUGCACCCCACAGAGGGCGGCGUAGGCCUGGCGGGGGGUGUGGGCUGGCUGCUGGGCGGAGCCGGCUGCGCGCAGCGUUGGCGGAAGGCGUGGCGGCUUUCCCUGAAGGAGGUCCUGUCGCUGACGCACCAGGAGGCGGAGCUCCGCUGGAGGGAGACGUUGCUUUUCCUGGCCGGCAGGAAGCGCACCAAAGAUGCCCUGAUGGGGCAGAGUGACGUCUGCCUGCUGCCCAGCUUCAGAGCCGCCGUGGCGGGAGGGCAGCAGGGGGCGCUGCUGGACAUGCUGGACGACAGUGAGUAUGCCAGUCUGUGCUUUUGUUGCCGAUGGAAACGUAUUGAUUGGAAGUGUCAUCCGUCAGUCGCGGCGGGAAGUGCGGCUGAGCAGGGGGAGGAGCCUCAACGCGAGGACUCGCUUGAUGACGGCGAUGUCCACGUGUCAGUCGGCGAGGGGGCGGAGCCCGGAGCCCAGCUGGGCGUGUCCGCCCGCUGCCUGUCGUGCAUCGCAGACGUGUUAACAUCCUGGGCCGAGGCGGAGGGCGGCGGAGGGCUGAGGAGCGGGCCGGCCGCCAACCAGAACUGGAGGGCCGCUUACGUCCUGUUGGAAAAGGGAGAGCUGAAGGGCGGAGUCCGGGCCCUGGCGGCGCAGCGAGCUGAUUGGCUAAGCAGGCCGGAUUUGCUGGUGCGAGCGGCGCGCCACUACGAAGGUGCCGCCCAGGUGCUGCUCCGCCGGGCUGUGAUGUCAUCGCAGAAGUUUGUGGCCAUUGGCCAGGGCGAACUGCCUCCGAUCGGGCAGUGGCACGAAGUGGAGUGUCCCGCCAGAAUUGACCUUGCUGGCGGCUGGAGCGACACGCCGCCCUUGGCCUUUGAACGCGGCGGCUGCGUGACCAACGUGGCGGUCAAGAUUGACAGCCGGCGACCUAUCGGCGCCCGAGCGCGCCGCAUCCGGCGGCCCCUCCUUUUAUUGGUCAGCCACAGUGGAGGGCGGGACUCCGACGUGGCCGCGGAGACGGUGUGCGAGACGGCGGACCACCUUCGGGACUACUGCCAGCCCAACGCACCCGGUGCUUUGCUGAAGGCGGUGUGCGUAUGCGCCGGCGUGGCGUCACCAACCUCCCAGGAUGCUUUGGCCCUUCAGUUGACCGCCCGCUGGGGCGGCGGUUUGGAGCUUCACGGCUGGUCUGCGCUGCCCACCGGCUCGGGACUCGGUACUAGUAGCAUCCUGGCGGGGGCGCUGCUGGCAGCGGUCUAUGGCGCCACGGGGCGCUCCUACAGCAGGGACGCACUCGUCCACGCCGUCCUGCACCUGGAACAAGUCCUCACCACGGGCGGGGGCUGGCAGGACCAGGUGGGAGGUCUGGAGGGCGGUCUUAAGGUGGGCCGCUCCCAAGCGCGUCUGCCGCUGCAGGUGCACGUGGAACGCCUGCGCCCGCCCGACGGCUUUGCGGAGGCUCUGGAGCGGCGCCUCCUGCUGGUCUACACCGGGAAGACCAGACUGGCUCGUAACCUGCUGCAGGACGUGGUGCGCAACUGGUACGCUCGUCUUCCUGUGAUGGUUCGCAACGCUCACGAGCUGGUGACCAACGGCGAGGACUGCGCCCGAGCCUGUCUUGAUGGUUGCUUGUCGUCGCUGGGCCGCUGUCUGGAUCGUUCGUGGCAACACAAAAAGACGAUGGCGCCGGGCUGCGAGCCGGCGUCGGUGCGGCUGAUGAUGGAGGCGCUGAGGCCACUGGUCCUGGGUCAGAGCCUGGCGGGCGCCGGGGGCGGCGGCUUCCUCUGCCUGCUCACCCGCCAGCCCGACCAGAAAGACGAGGUCGUUCGCGUCCUCGCAAACACGCCGGUAAGUGACGACGGAGGCGUCCACACUGUGCAACUGGACUUGGACGGCCUCACAGUCCUCCAGCCAGUAUAAACACACACACACUCCUGUGCACCCCCCCCCCCCACCCAUAAAAGUACUUUAUGAAUUGAAUACAGCUAGCUUAGCUUAGCUAACUUAGCUAAAUGAAUAUUUUACAUGCUAUCCAGAGUCCUGAUUCUUUUCUACAAUGUGUGUGUGUGUGUCUACCGCAGUUUUAUGCCAUCCUUUAAUGCUCAUAUUUUAUACGUUAUGUCAUCCCUGUGCCAGCGCUGCGAGUAAUUAAGUAA